GUCAACAGCUGCUGGGUUUCGUUUCGCAUCAGCUGGAGCUGUUGGCGGCUGACAAGAAGGAUCCCCGAGGCUGUUCAUCACUUCUUCUGCAGCUAACGGGUGUGAAAACCGUCAGUUAUGGCCACGGCGCAGUCGAUGCUGCUUGUCGCAGUUCACAUUCUUCUCAUCUCGGAGUUCAUCCUGGCGAAGAGGGACUACUACGAGAUCCUGGGGGUUCCCAGAGAUGCCACGGAGCGCCAGAUCAAGAAGGCUUUCCAUAAACUGGCUCUGAAGUAUCACCCUGACAGAAACAAGGACGCAGGCGCAGAGGCGAAGUUCAGAGAAAUGGCAGAAGCUUAUGAAACGUUAUCGGAUGAUAAGAGGCGGCGAGAGUAUGACCAGUUUGGCCACUCUGCCUCAUCAGGAGAAGCUUACCGAGGAGGCGGCGGCGACUACAACUUCAGGCAGCACUACCAGUCCUUCAACUUCAAUGACAUGUUCAAAGACUUUGACCAGUUCGGUCAACAACACCAGCACCACUUCCACUCGCAUCAUCAGUCGCACCAAAAGAGACACUUUGACAGCCACUUCCAGGCUCACAAGGAGGCGAUGAACCGGCAGCGGAGGAGCUUCCAGCAGGGGAGCUUCGGCGGAGGAAUGUUCGACGACAUGUUCGAGGACUUGGAGAAAAUGUUCUCCUUCAACACGCACACUUCCAGGACUGAGAGCAGGUUUCAAGGCUCGGUGAAGCAGCACUGCAGGACGGUGACUCAGCGCAGGGGGAACAUGGUGACCACCUUCACCGACUGCUCCUGAGACCAGAUGAAGGAAUU